AUGGAGUCAUUUCAGUUUUCUUCCUACGCCGACGAAUACACUCAGUUAUUAACGGAGCUGCAUGAAGCCUACUGCAAGGAUCAACCUGAAGACGUACUUCAAUACUGUUCCAACUUUUUUAAUAAAAAAUUGGAGGAACAGCGAUCGAUGUAUUUUCGUCAGCAACACAACCCUUUCUUGGAAACCGAAAGACAUCCUUUAGCUGAUACAGAUGAUUAUCCCACAAGAGACAGAGCUUAUUCUAGCUUUACAGUGACAACGACAACCACGAGUAUCGAUGGAGAGUUGGACGAUAACUUUUCUAUUGAACCCUUAUCGAUGCAACCCAACUAUAACCGUGGUCGACGUACGUCAGUAAGUGCAGAGUCUAUGGCACCCGCUGGUAACAAGUUUGUCAAAAAGAUCAUUCCCAAGACCGAAGCCCAAAUGGAACGUAUCAGGAAUAGUGUAGGCAACAACUUUUUAUUCAAGAACCUGGACGAAGAACAUCAUCAGGAUGUGGUAAACGCCAUGAUGGAAAUGACGAUUGAGGAAGGAAAGACGAUUAUUGAGCAAGGUGCAGUAGGCGACUAUUUCUACAUUGUUGAUUCUGGUACCUUUGACUGUUUCAUCACAAAGGAUGGUAAGACGAACAAGGUCACCUCUUAUGAGACGGGUGGUAGCUUUGGUGAAUUAGCUUUGAUGUACAAUGCUCCUCGUGCGGCAACCAUUGUUGCAACUUCAGAUGCAAAAGUAUGGGCACUUGAUCGCGUUACCUUUAGAACUAUUUUGAUGGAAAAUACAUCACUUAAACGAAAAAUGUAUGAAUCAUUCUUAGCAGAGGUGCCUUUGCUCAAAUCACUUGAAUCGUAUGAACGACACAAGAUUGCAGAUGCUCUUGAGUCUGUUUAUUUCCAGGAUAAGGAACAAGUGAUGAAGCAGGGAGAUAUAGGAGAUCAAUUCUAUCUUAUCGAAUCAGGUACUGCUGUAUUUUACAAGACAGAUAAAAACGGUGAACAACAAGAAGUGAAUCAACUAGGAAGAGGAUCGUACUUUGGAGAGCUUGCAUUAUUGAAUGAUAGUCCAAGAGCUGCUACGGUCAUCGCUAAGGGAAGAUUAAAGUGUGCUACAUUAAACAAAAAAGCAUUCACUCGUUUAUUGGGUCCAGUCCAUGAAAUUCUGAAAAGAAAUUCAGAAAAUUACUAUGCAAUUAUUAACCAGCAACAGCAGCAACAAUAA